AUGCUGGACGAUAAAGCGCAGAGAUCGAAGCUCGGUCCUCCGUCGAGAAGUUCCUCUUUUUACAUCGAGAAUCUGCUGCGCACUGCAAACGGAGGAGCUUCAUCCGAGACCCGGAGACCCAAAGUGAUCUGUCCGGGACUGGAACCAAAAGUGCUGAUCUGGAGAAGUCCAUCGUACACAGAUGAACAAACGGACCCUGUGACAACGAGCGACCGGGAUUCCCCAACUCCAACGGGACGGGCGGAGACCGACGAGCCGGAGGAAAAGGGGGACGAGAGUUUGACGGAUGACAGAGAGGAGGAGGAGGAGGACAGCUGUGAUACAGGUGACAUUAAAGUGGAGAGAAAGAAGAAGACCCGCACCGUGUUCAGCCGGAGUCAGGUGUUCCAGCUGGAGUCCACCUUCGACCUGAAGCGCUACCUGAGCAGCUCGGAGCGAGCCGGGCUGGCCGCCUCGCUGCAGCUCACCGAGACCCAGGUGAAGAUCUGGUUCCAAAACCGCAGGAACAAGUGGAAGAGGCAGAUCGCCGCAGACAUGGAGGCCAGCGGCGCCGGCGUCCCCUACGCCGCCCAGAGGGUGGUCAGAGUUCCCGUGUUGUAUCGCGAGAACGUCAACGCACCUGUGACGCUGACCAGCCUGCCUCAAGCGACGUCAUCGGGUGUGGGCUUCUCCAACGCCUUCAACUGGCCAUUGACUUCCCACUUCACCCACCCGAUGUCGUUCGUAACGCCACAGAUGACUGGACUGGUGUGA